AUAUUUGACCCACUGAAGCUUAUUUUGUUCUCAACAUUGGCGAGAGAGCCAUCUAGUGAUCGCCGCUCGAAGUUCCAGUGAACUAGUGUUUGUGUUAUUUGUUACUCCGCAAAAACUAAUUCUGCAAAAUGCCCGGACGUCCUAUUUGGCAGUGCGCUGGCAAACGCGAGCCUGAAAAAGAGCAGGAAGCACAAGCAUGGAUCGAAGCAGUAAUUGGUGAACGGUUUCCCCCAGGAGUACCGUACGAGUAUGCCCUCCGUGACGGCAUCAUUCUUUGCAAACUGAUGAACCGACUGCAGCCAGGCAUCAUCACAAAAGUCAAUAUCUCUGGCGGAGACUAUAAGUUCAUGGACAACAUUAGCCAGUUUCAAAAGGCGUGUAUAAAAUACGGAGUACCUGAUGUAGACCUCUUCCAAACCACCGACCUUUGGGACCAGAAGAACAUCUCUCUCGUCACACAAACCAUAUUUGCCAUUGGCAGAACGGCAUACAAGCACCCAGAAUGGCGCGGUCCCUUCCUAGGACCAAAACCCGCUGAAGAGAAUCGCCGUGACUUCAACGAGGACGUACUACGUGCUGGUCAAACUGUGAUUGGUCUUCAGGCUGGCACUAACAAGAUGGCCACACAAUCCGGACAGAACUUUGGCGCUUCCCGCAAAAUUAUUUUGGGCAAAUGAAAGGAAUAUUGCCGUUGUAAUUUAUAUUUAUAGGAUUUUUAGUAUUAUUUAUUAAGUAUUGUGAAAUAAAUAAUAAUCAUAUGUAAUUAUAAAUCAGCAUAGGUGUUAAGUUUAAAUAAAAGUAUUUAUUUACCUAUGUCUUAAACACAUAAAAUAAAAAUCGUAAAAGUAGACAUUGAAACUUUGUGGAGCACUUAAUGUCGUCUCCUAUAUAAUUUAUUUUUAUUAUUGUUAUUUGUAAUCCCACGAACCUAUACCUAUCGACUCCACUACAUCCUGUCUGUGAUUCUUGGG